UCUUUAUCUGCCUCUUUCUCUCUCGUUCUCAUGUUCUUCCUUCUAGUGACUCCAGAUUUUUUGUUUUCGUUUUUUGUUUAAAUGGUGACGAACAGCAUUAGUUCAACGACGAAUAGCGGUCAUUUAAAGUGACGGGAAUGAAAAUACGUCGUGUACGUGGUUACUUUCUUCACACUUGAGAAGAAGAAGAAGAAAGAAUAAUCGUUGUGACCUUGAAUCCAUUGCCGAGGAACGACGGUGCAAUUUUAUUAGCGCGUACUACAGAGCACUGUAAAAGCAUCUCGAAAGGGAGGAGAACAAAGAGGAGGCAGUUCCGAUGUCGGUAGUCAGGUCGUUUCGCGAGAAAUUAAUUCGCUCUACUUGCUAGAAAUCUUUACUGGGGUUAUACUCAAUGUAUGUUGUUAGGAUUACUUUAUGUAUGUAGGUUUUAACGUAUGUUCGUUUGACUUCGAUCGAUUGUGCCAAGUGUUUUUUUUAAAAAGAAACUAAUAGAAAGGGAAAGAAAAAGAAAAUCAGUUGAUAAAGAUAGAGAUUGUUUCGUCGGUAUUUUUAAUUUCCAAUUUUAAACGAAUCGUCACAAUCAUUUUUCUAGAGAUACGAUAAAAUAAUAUUUCGAAGCUUAUCAAAUCGGAUAUUUUAAGAGAGAAAGAAAGAGAGAGAAAAGGGCUUAGUUCGUGAGGACUUCAUAAAAGUCACGAUAAAGAGAAAACUUUGAGUGGAAAUAAAAGCUGUGAGAGAUAAAGAGAUAAAAGUGUUCACGUGAAGAGUUCUAUGCUAAUCAAAAAGAAAGUCUAAUCUUCGAGAAGGAUUACUUUCGUGAGAUAGUUUGACCCUCUUUUUCACUACUCUUCUUCUCUACCCUUCGAAAUGUCAAAGUUCUUUCGCAAAUUCGUUUUUUGCGGCUGUUCUCGUUCGCACAGCGAUAAUCGAUCGAAUAUCGCAAAUGAUUCCACUCUCGACGACGUUUCGAAACUUGUACCGUCCUCCUCGUCCGACAAUUGUGCCGAAGAGAGCAACGAUCUAGCAAGACACUUCGAUUUAUCUAGUAUUAAGUUUAUCGACGACGAGGAUCCCGACGAUGAAUUGUUUUUCAUGAAAAACGAAGAGCUGGAUGGACCAAAUGCUGUACGGAUACGAGACGGUUGGGUUAUCGCUGUCGAAAGAGGCGUAAGAGAAAGGUUGAAAGAGCUCGCUGCCCUUAGAAGCAUCCAGUUACGGGAUAUCGAAGCCAUAUUAGAUCAUCAGAUAAACGAGACUGGCGCAUCCACGAGCGAGGAGAGCACGAGAAAAGAUGUAACAAGUAAUCAGGUCACCGUGACCCUCGCGGAUGAGGAUGUACGUAAUACGAACACCUUCUUCACGAAACUUAGUAACGGUACGAUUCCUAAAGGAUUGACCAAGGACGGUCAGGAUACGCGAGAAGGAAAAACUUUGCAGGAACGAAAGGACAUCUUGGAAAAACAACAAACCUCAUCAGAUGAAACGAAUCUUUUGCAACCAGUGCAGAGCAGCAAGGUAGGGGAACGUCGUGCUAGCAGUCCCUUCCAAAAUGGCCGGACAGAGGUCCUGAUUGGAGAACCGGAGGGCGGCCCGAGGUCGCCGCGAGGAUCGACGUCUUCAGCGGUGAACGACGGCAAUUUUCUUAAUCCACCGGACGAACGUGAAGCAAUUUACAGGUCCCGUCGACGUAGCGGCAGUGGCGCAUCGGAUAUACAGCAACAGCAACAACAGCAGCAACAACAACAACAGCAGCAGACGCAGCUGCAAGAGAACAACAACGGGAGUUCACGGGAUACAGGAAAGAAAUUGCAGGAGGGAUUGGGUCCCGAUGAGAUGUGGGCUCCUGGUGCCCUAGGCCAUCACCGGGAGCUACCAGUCGAUGUGCCCGACACCUUAUUACAGAAGGCCUAUCCCAAUAAGGUAAAGAAUUGCUCGCCCGACUAUCGGAAUGAGCUUCGUCGUCCCCGUAGCGCUAGCGACUUAGACCUCUCCCUAAACGUUAAGAACGAUAUUUUAAAAAAACGCACGACGGACGAUCGCGUGAGGCUUGGUCUAACAGCCGAUCGGCCUGACGUCACCGAUGGCCCACGCUCGAUCCUCCUCAACGGUGGCGGCAAGCCGUCGAUACUCGAGAUCGAGCUAAAGAUCGGCUCGAAGGAGGAGGAUAAAGAGGAGGAGAAAGAAAAGGAUAAAGAGGAACUGAAAGAGUUUCAGAAGGAGAAAUUGAAAAUGGAGAAGACAAACGGUAAUGACGAAGACGAGGAGGAGGGCUCCAGCGAGGAGGCAAAUGGUCAGAAGGAAUCGAGCGUGGACAUCGAAGAUGAGUAUCCUUUCGCUAAGGAAGACUAUCCGACAAUGUUGAAAACCUGUAGUGACGAUUCGGCAAGUCCACGCAGUUCUUCGAGCCGAUCAGAUAGUACAGCACCAUUAGAUACUAGUCUGGUGCUAAGGCAUAGCACCGACGAGAAGAAAAAGAAGAGUAAGAAGGUUAAAGCUCGUGACAAAGAUUCACCGAGCUAUGACGCUAGGCGAAUCGAUCUUGGCUCACCUUGCCGACCUGUCGUUACUGAGCUACCGAUCAAGGUGACGCCUCUUUUCACUCGUGCACGCGAUACGACCUCGUUUGACAAUCCGGCGUACGGCUUACCGGAUUUCCAAGACAUUCAGGGUCUCUUGAUUAGAUCGGACGAGGUGUCGGAUCUCACAAGACUCAUCGAUGAGCAAUGUCCAAUACCAAGAAUGCCAGCUAGUCUUCAAGAUCGGACACAAUCGGAACCUCAGAGUCCUCAGAUCGAAUCCUCCAUGGUGAUCCUUGGUAAUACAACAUCGAGAAAGAGUUCGAAACACCAACAAAAGGAGAAGUUCGCGAUAAAAACGAAAAGUCAGGAUCAGAUCGAAGAACGAGUAAGUGCGAGCUCGACCGACGAUCUUCUUGGAAUCGAAUCUACCAAUUGUCUCGAGUCCUCCUCCGCUCGACAAAGAUCCAAGAAAAAACGUCAUCAACAGAUAUCAAGCGGUUACUCGACAUUAAGAAGCGAGGUCUCGAGUGAUCUCGAAUUCACCGAUCGCAGCUUCCUUGUUGUCAGUGGGAAAGGUUAUCGCGAGGUUGCCGUUGAUUGUCCACCUGACUUCGUACCGGUCACCAAGUGCCAUCCGAUUUAUCCUCCGCCAAACAAAACGCCCGGUAACAGCAAGCACAACACUCUCGAACUGAAACGUGAUCGUAAUGGAGAGAACGUUGUCGUCAGAGAGACGACAACGACGACAACGACGACAAGUACGAUGACAACAUUGAACACGAUGACCAUGGCGAACAACAUAGUGACCCUAGAUUCCCCUAGACUUCGCUCGAACGAUAUAAAUCUCUCAAUGCCGAACAAAGCACCGAUCGUGUCGUCACCUCCCACGCUAGCCACCGAUGCUAGCGCUAGGGAAAACGUAGUCGCGCGUACGAUAGACCGAAAGCACGAGUCCAAGAAGGCUGGUCUUAAUGGAGUCAAACCUGCCAUCCCGCCCAGAGAUCAAAAAAGGGCACCCGCUAGACCACCGAAGGAUAGUCUCAGACUUUCGAGCCAGAACAACAACGUCGAGAGCAAUGAUUAUGCUAAUACUACGGAACCUACGCAGCAACAGCUUCAUUCCAUUAGGAAAUAUCAGGAACAAUUACGGAAACGCAAGGACGAAGAGGAGAGACAAGAAAUCUUGAAUCGAUCGCUUCGUGGCUCAACGAAGCUUCAAGCUUUAGAAAGUCAUGCCACGAAUCUUACCGGCCAAGAGAAUCUCGCAUAUGCUCAAGACGAGUUGACCACCACUGUUAGUCGUCCUGUUCAUGUCGCACCUCAAGCGCCCUUAACAUACGGAGAGGUCGUUGCCACGUUGGAGAGAUUGCAGCUUCAGUUACGAAAUAUCUCCGGUGCUCUCGGCAUUUCGGGUCCAAGUGUGGAAGCCGAACUUGAGGCAGUUCGGACGCUUUUGCUACAAAGCCAAUUUGCAACUGCCAUAGCUACACAUUACGCCUUGAAAACGCGAUUAAGAUCGAACAAGGUUCUUAGACAUCAUGCCGAAGAUUCAUCGACAUUAGCUCGGGACUGCGUAGACGUAUUAGAAAAAUGGCAAUCAUCAUCAACGGCAACGGAUGUUGGUGCGGCGGAAACGAUGGCUGCCGUGGAGGAGCUGACGGGUAUUCUUACGAGUUACGACAUGGAGGCGUUACUUAUAGCACAUGAUUCUAUAGUUUCGUAUGUGGAAGGCUUCCAAAGAAAGCACAGUCCUGCGUCUUCGUCACCAAGUCGCCCACCAAGUCCUACAUUGAGUUGGAGAGAGUCACGUGUAGAUAAUAUCAAAAUAAUUAGGAUCGAAAAAACUAACGAACCUUUGGGUGCUACUGUUCGAAACGAUGGUGAUGCAGUUAUUAUCGGUCGUGUUGUUCGAGGUGGUGCAGCAGAUAAGUCCGGACUCCUGCACGAAGGAGAUGAAGUUCUAGAAGUUAACGGAGUUGAAAUGCGUGGAAAAAGUGUUAACGAUGUUUGUGACAUUUUAGCUGGCAUGCAGGGUAGUCUUACGUUCUUGGUAUUACCAGCACCAACGAAUUACCGAAAUAAUUUGAAUAAUAGGAAAGAGGACACUAAUCAAAUACAGCAUAUACGUGCACACUUUGAUUAUGACCCUGAAGAGGAUCCAUAUAUACCAUGUAGAGAACUCGGAGUUAGUUUCCAAAAAGGUGAUGUUUUGCAUGUGAUUUCUCAAGAGGAUCCAAACUGGUGGCAAGCUUAUAGAGAAGGUGAAGAGGAUCAAACUUUAGCUGGUCUUAUACCCAGUAAAGCCUUUCAGCAUCAACGAGAAUCCAUGAAGCAGACGAUAGCUGGUGGAAAGUCGACGGUACGGGGUUCGAAGAAAUCUAGUACACUAUUGUGUGCGAGAAAAAAUCCAAAGAAAAAAAAACGAAACAAACUUGGUACCAAUUUCAACGACGACGGUUAUCCUCUUUAUGCGACGACAACGAUAGACGAUUACGACAGCGAGGAAGUGUUAACGUACGAAGAAGUAGCUUUAUAUUAUCCAAGAGCGAAUCAUAAGAGGCCUAUCGUUCUUAUUGGUCCUCCUAACAUCGGUAGACAUGAGCUGAGACAGAGAUUAAUGCAAGACAGCGAACGUUUUGCAGCUGCUAUUCCUCAUACGAGUCGUCCAAGGAAGGACUCAGAAGUUGAUGGUCAGGAUUAUCACUUUAUCUCUCGCUCACAAUUUGAAUCCGAUAUUCUCUGUCGGAAAUUCGUUGAACACGGCGAGUAUGAAAAAGCAUAUUACGGUACAUCUGUCGAGGCUAUAAGAUCGGUUGUGAAUUCUGGGAAAAUCUGCGUCUUGAAUUUACAUCCUCAAAGCUUGAAGAUCCUACGGAGUUCGGAUUUAAAACCAUAUGUGGUCUUUGUAGCACCUCCUAGUCUCGAGAAGUUACGACAAAAACGUAUUAAAAGUAACGAGAGUUUUAAGGAAGAAGAAUUGAAGGACAUAAUAGAGAAGGCUCGGGAGAUGGAAGACAAAUACGGUCAUCUAUUCGACAUGAUCAUCAUUAAUAACGAUACGGAUCGUGCUUAUAAUCAACUUCUUACAGAAAUUAAUUCAUUAGAAAGGGAACCACAAUGGGUACCUGCGUCUUGGAUUCAGUAAUGGUAUACUGAAUGGAUGACGAAUGUGUCUUAGAUAUCAAUGCCAUCGCGAGUUUAAUGGCACGUUACUAAAUACCGAUUAAGAAACAGAUUAUAAUAUAAAUGAAUUGAUUCUUUCGUAAGUACUUACUCGUUACUGGUUUUGCGUGGUAAACUUGUACCUUGUUAAACGAUUGCAAGUACUACGAUUGAGAUGCCAAUUGACGAUCAUUUUAAAAUUCAAAUCUUGUAGUUCCUGAUGGCCGAGGUUCGCACGUCGUUCGUAAGCGAAUCCUCAUGAUGUCAAAAUGACAUUGAUCGAUCUGAAUCGGUUUGACUUGGACGAUAAGAUUUUUGAAGGAACAAUGCGAUACCAAUUUCUCAUGUUAGAAUUAUAAAUGCAGAAAAUCUUGUUGAUCCUGGGAUAACCAUUAUGUAGAAUUAAUUCGUUUAAAAUGAAAAAAAAAAAAAAUCAAGUUGACGCGUGAAACGCAUUCGCAAAAAAUUUUAUAUUUCGAUCAUCUAUCUGGACCUUCGUAUCGCAAUACUAUAUAUAUUUAUCCAAUCACUUUUCAAUUUACUAUAACUAAAUCGUCGUGUUUAUUAUAUUUUUCAAAUCACAUUCUCAUUUCUUUCUUUCCUGUUAAUUUAUCGCGAUAUCAUUAACAUUUAACUGUUACGUGUUGUCCCAUUCAAAAAUCAAAUCUAUAUCAAAAUUCUUAUUUUACAUUACGACGAAAGAAUUGUAUCUCCCGACUUAUAAAUAUAAUAGAAAUGUCGACUGAUGAUCGUACUAGCGAAUAAGUCGUUUUAAUGCGACAGUUUGAACAUAAAUUUAAUAGAAUUUUAGAUAAACUCAUCAAUUGUCUAGUAGUACGUUUAUUGAGAAAGAGAACUAUUACUUUAAAAAGUUCUUAGAGAAAUAUUGAAUGUAUAAACAGAAAAAAAAAUUGGACGUAGAAUGGAAAAGUGAAGGAAAAUGAAAAAGUUAAGAAUGCGUUUAAGUAAAAAUAUAAGAAAAUAGUAAUUCUCCGUAUUUAAAAUGCAAACAAAAUACAGCUCGGUGUUCGACUUAAAAUGGUGCUUUAAAGUUGAUAUGGUUCCUUGCAAUUAGGUCAUCGAUAUAUUUUCUUGUGCUUCUUAAAUAUUUUAAAUACACGUACCCCGUUAAAAGUGAAUGAUGAUAAAACGAUGAUAUAGCUUAGACGGGGAAGUUACUCAUUUUACCGUCCUGCGUAAACAAUAUAUAAACUCAAUGAAUAUUCGAAUAAAUACGAGCGAUUAGUUACGAUCGACACUGUUACAUUAAUAACGACUAAUUCUUAAGUAUGAUCAUAGAAUUUAUAGAGAGAAGAUCGUUAGAGAGACUUCCGUUAUGUCUUCGAUGAUUUACUUUUGUAAAAAUUCGUAUCGUCGAAUCGAUAUUAUUAGACAAAAAGUAUUUUAUAAAGGUAGUAUCUUUUUUAUAAAUAUAAUUUUAAAGAGUUUCAUUAAAGCAUAUCACACGCAAGAAGUUCAUACGAAUCAUAAUACUCGUAAAAUCCGUGACUCCUUUAUUCUUGGCAUAGCUAUCGACUUUUAUCGCACGUCUCUAAUAACAAUAGUUAUUAAAAGAUAAAUUCUCUCUGUGCACGAAUAAAUCGUUACGAACGUCAUAGGAGUUGCUAAAAUUAACGUCGAAAAAAAUCUUUUUAAUACUCUUUUUCUAAAAGUACGCAAGAAUAUUACGUCGUGCCAACGUCUUUGCACUUUUAUCAUAGUUUCGAUCGUCGUACUACUCCGAAAAACCCUUUCAAAAAAUCCCAACUUACGAUAUGGUCGAUGUAAAGUCGAGCAGUGAAUUAAAAAAAAAAGAAAGGCGCUCAUAGUGUUAUCGAUGUGCUCCCCCCUCCCCCCAGAUUCCGUCUUGCGUGUAUUCACGUACUGGUUAUUAAAAAUUAGGAUUACGAAUACUGCUCCGAAAGUGCGUUUACAAGCUGAUUUUUGUCAACUAAAGGAACUAAAUGAUCUUUUCUUUUAAUUCCUAAACAAACUCCAGAUAUAUCUUUCAUUAUUCUACUUUUCAUAGUUACGAUAUAGAAACAAUUAUUCUGAAUCUAUCUUGUAAACUCGCUUUUCGAAUUGGUCUCGUAAUAGUGAUAUUAAGGAGCGAAGAAAGUUCAUUAAAAAGAAGAAAAAUUAAGAAUAAGAAAUAAAGAGAGAGAAAAAAAGAAAAAAAAAGGAAAGAUAAGUCAGAUUACUCUCAUCGGUCUAAAAAAAAAAAAAAAAGAAAAAAAAAUAUGGGCGAAAUUUCGCAUGGAUCAAGUAGAGCAGAUUAAACGUUCAUUAGAUCGAUGAUGUUAAGAUUAGCUGUCGAGAACAGAAUAGAUAUUUAAGAUAAAAAAAAAAACAUAAAUGUCGAUGUCGAAACAUUGUAAAACUAGACACAUUAUUAGGGAACUAUUACUUCGUGAUAACAUUAUAAAAAAUAUCUAUAGCCCAGGAUACCUACGGAGAGGACGAAAAAAAUAUAAAAUAUUAAGUUAACUUGUCCCAUCGGAUGAACUAAGUAAAGAAGAGGGGACAAUAUUCUGCCAAGUUUAUUAAAAGAGAGAAAUAAUAUGCGAAUGAAUUUCUGAGAUGUGCCAAAAUACUUCUGGGUAAACGUUUAGUGGAGGAUUUAAAUAAACAAAACAAAAAAAAAAUAGGGAAAGAGAAAGAGAGAGAAGAAAAAAAAGAAAACGUAUUUUAAAUUGCGCUCAAAAGAAACUUUUAGGACGUAUACAUAUUAUACAAACACACACACAUACACACACACACACAAAUCAUAUAUAUAUACAUAAUAUGAAUUAUGUAAAUAUUUGUGUACUUGUAUAGAGAUGAAGAAGAUGAAAAAAAAGAAAAUAUCAAUAUCAUCAUCAUCGCCAUCUAUCAUCAUCAUUGUCAUUAUUAUUACUACUUCUACCACAACUAUUAAUUACUUAAUACUAUAUAUAUAUAUAUAUAUAUAUAUAUAUAUAUAUAUAUAUGUAUAUAUAUAAUAUAUAUAUAUACCACUACUACUCUAUUACUUGCUACUACUGUUACCACUAUCGCUAUUACUAUAAACGCGCUAUAAACGAGUACUUAAAUGUUAUCCUUAUUACGCGUUUUCGUUAUUACGACACGAAUUAUUAAUUUUAUUAUCAUUAUUAUUAUUAUACACUCAUUUAUUAUUGUUUUUAUUAUUCUCGUCGAUACAUUUAUAAUGUGUCUAUCGUGAUUCUUAACUGACUACACCCGUGCCACGUAAAAGUGAUUGGACGGCAAUAGAAUAUUUAAGGAGUUAUGUCAAAUUUGAUUGAAUUUUUUUGUAAGCGUUGCCAUUAUGUCGAUUUUAUUUUUAUUCACGAUUUUUUUUUUGUUUUUUCGUUUUUUAUAAGAAAGAAAAUAUCUUCAUUAGACAUAGAAACAAAAAAUGAAUGAAUUCGAGUGCACGAGUUGUAUUAUAAAUGUAAAAUGAAUUUUGCAAUACAUUAUAUAUAUAUAUAUAUAUAUAUAUAUAUAUAUAUAUAUAUAAUAUUCGUCAUUGAUGAAAGAGCGUGUAUAUUAUGAUUAUCGUUACUAUUACUAUUAUUUUUAUUAUUAUUAUUAUUAUUAUUAUUAUUAUUAUUAUUAUUAUUAUUAACUUGAUAAAUGUUUAUUACGAUAAGUAUUAUUAUCAAUGAUAUUAAUUAUUUUAUCUAACGUAACGAGAGCAUAACAUGAAGAAAAUAUGAACAUGCGUAUGUGAUUGUGUGAGUCGAUGUAUUAGUGCGUUAAUUAUUAUAGCGUACUUUUGCAUGGAUGAAUGUAAUAUUAGUGAGUGCAAAUAUAUUUACUUAUGUAUAGAACGAAAGAACAGCGAAAAGAAGUAAAAACAAUAGAAUAGAUAGACGACUGUUGAAUGUAUAUUUUUAAGUUUUUGGUUUCUAAAAAUAAUAUAUUAUUUACAUUGUUAUAUCAAUCAUCGAUGGUGUUAAUGUCUUCGAUCGAUGGCGAUUCAAUUUCGUUUGAAUUGACAUACAAUAGAUAAUAAUAUUUUUGUCUGUAAAAGAGAAAUGAAAAAUUGUAGAGCUUUUUAUCCUUCAUACAACAAUUUAUAUUUUCGAUAAAUUAUUUCGUCGAAUCGAAAUAUCUUUCGAUUUAAGAAAUUUCUUUAAAAAACAUUACAAAAUAUUAAUUAUAUUUUUUCUCGUAGCAAUGCACUCCCCUUCUUUGAUCGAACUAAUAAUAAUACUAAUGAUAAUAAUAAUAAUACUAAUACUAAUAAUAAUAAUAAUAAUAAUAAUAAUAAUAAUAAUAAUAAUCGAAGAAAUAAUAAAUUAAAUUAAUUAGAGACAUUCGAGCGUCUUCCGUGUGUCCGUAAAAGAAUUUCGUUUCUUUUUUACGUAGGUAAUCGACAAGAUACGAUGAAUGAGAAUUAGAUAAUUAAAACAGAUAAAAAUGUGCAUUCUCAAUGUCAUCGUUCUCGAUCUCGGUGAUAUUUAUAUCCGUUUACGUACAUAUAUGCAUACAUAUUAUACGUAUUGAUACGAAUGAAAAGAGUAAGAACGGUAUUUACGACUAGCAAUACAUUUAAUAUAUAUAUAUAUAUGUAUAUAUAUAUAUAUAUAUAUAUAUAUAUAUAUAUAUAAAUAGAGAGAGAGAGAGAGAGAGAGAGAGGAAAAGAAAGAAAAAUUAAAAUUAUACAGAAAAAAAGGGGUAUAUACACGUAAACGAAAUAUUCUAAACAUACAGUUCUUCCGAUAUAAACGUAUCGGUAUAAUAUGUAAAUACGUAUUUCGAGCUGUACGGAUUCACUAAUGAGAGCGAACACGGAUCUCAUUAACGGACUUCGCAAUAAAUUAAGUAUACUGGAAGAAGCUGCCGAGAGCAUUGCAAGAACCGAUGACCAUAUUUUGACAUAAUAUUUCAAUAUUCGAGAUGUUAAAUGUCUUUUGGAUUUGAAAAACAAUAGAAACGUUUUCUGUGAAUAAGCAGACGGCCAUUGCUUAUUUAUCCGAAUUCUUAAAAAAUAUUUAAGGAGACUCAUAAUGAUAUAUACGACAAAAAUCAAGUCCAGAAGAUGUCAAAGAACGUCCUUGAAAUUCUUCCGUUCGUUAUUUCGAGGAUGUUGAUAAUAAAAAUAAAAGUAACAAAAAAUAUAACAAAAAAUGGAUUAAGUAAAAUUUUUCACAAUGCAAUACUUGCAACUAAAAUCAUUUCCCCGCGGGAUCCGUUAAUGCGAUCCUCCUUCUUACGUAUUGUAAUCGACGUGUACACAAAUAUAUACAUAUGUAUAUGUGUAUGUAUACAGUGCGUGUAAUAUGUACAUAUAAAAAUUUAGAAAACUUACAAGUUUUAAACAAACAAUUGAAAUCUACGUAUGAAUGAAGUUCACUUUGAUAAGAACUUAACAAAUUCGCGAGAACAAGUCCAAGAUGACGAAGAAGAUGAAAAAAAAAGAAAAAUAUUAAUAUAAAUACCUACGCGUUAAUCUAAGUCGAUAUAUAAUUAAUUCGCGCGAGAUAAAGAGAGAGAGAGAGAGAGAGAGAGAGAGAGAAAGGGAGAGAGAGAGAGAGAACAACAGAAUAACGUCGAUGAUCUCGCGAUGAUCUAGACCGAUUGUUUUUUGAAAAUUUAUUAUGUAAAUAGAAAGGAGAUUUCCACCCGUGCGUGUUGAGCGUUGCGAUUCAAGGGGUUCGAUUUAUCUCGAUUUAGCGAUUGAAAAACCGCUGAUACUUCAUCCCCCAUUCAAUCUACGUUCUGUUACAUAUUGCGUUAAAUAAAAAAUUACUGUAAUAUUUUGAA